UCACCCAGAUCCACAGAAUUAGCCAGCUCCUCUGAAGGCAAACACCCAUUAUCAAGUUCUCACAGCCACCUGCUCUCCAGCAAUGCCUCCAGACUUUGACACCAACAUGAAGUUCAAGUUCUCGAUCCUGGCACUUUUUCUAGAAGUGAUUGUCAUUGUUUUGUAUGGGAUAUUUGUGGAUUAUGACCCAGAUCCUUCUUCAAGCUUAUAUCCACACUUUCAGGAUGUCCAUGUGAUGAUAUUUGUUGGAUUUGGUUUCCUGAUGACCUUUCUGAAGAAAUAUGGAUUCAGCAGUGUUGGUUUCAACAUGCUCAUUGCUGCCUUCGGUCUCCAGUGGGGAAUUCUGGUACAAGGAUUUUGGCAUAUGGAAAGAGGGAAAAUUUCUGUUAACAUCGAAAGCAUGAUAAAUGCAGACUUCAGUACAGCAACUGCUUUGAUUUCAUUUGGGGCACUCCUGGGAAAAACAAGUCCCAUUCAGAUGCUGAUCCUGACUCUCCUGGAGAUCACCAUGUUUGCAUGCAAUGAACACCUAGUUACCAAAGUAUUCAAGGCCACAGAUGUUGGAGCUUCAAUGACUAUCCAUGCUUUUGGAGCUUAUUUUGGUUUGGCUGCAGCUUUCGUCUUGUACCGUCCUGGUCUGACAAACAAACAUGAAAAUGAUGAAUCCACCUAUCACUCAGACAUGUUUGCCAUGAUUGGUACCCUGUUUCUUUGGCUUUUUUGGCCCAGUUUUAACUCUGCCAUUGCAGAUGCCCAGGUAACAGCCAUUAUCAACACUUACUACUCCUUGGCUGCCUGUACUGUCGUAACAUUUGCCCUCUCCAGCUUGGUGGACAAAAGAGGCAAAUUCAGUAUGGUUCUCAUUCAAAAUGCCACCCUGGCAGGAGGAGUAGCAGUGGGUACCUGUGCUGACCUGGAAAUCCAUCCUUUUUCUGCCAUGUUCAUUGGGGUCAUUGCUGGAAUGGUCUCUGUCCUUGGGUUCCAGUUCCUGACUCCUGUGAUGGCAUCCAAGCUGAAAAUUCAAGACACUUGUGGAGUUCAUAACUUACAUGGUUUACCUGGAAUUCUGGGGGGUAUUGCUGGCAUCAUAGUGACUGCAGUAAAAACGGAAAUUAGGAAUGGUCACGUGCUUACUCCUGCCCUGCAGGCUGCUGCCCUGGGAAGUACACUUGGAAUUGCAAUUGUGGGAGGAGCACUCACAGGUGCUAUUCUAAAACUCCCCUUCUUGGGACAAGUAUCUGACCAGAACUGCUUUGAUGACUCUGCUUAUUGGGAGGUUCCAGAGGAGGAGACAAUACCUGAAAUUUACUCCAGGCACCGUGAGGAGCACAACAGAUUUGAAGCUGCCAUGUAGAAAAAUAAUUAAUCUGCAGUAUUUGUCCUAAUGGUGCUCUUUUCUGUUUCUAAUGCUAAGAAAUAAUGAAACAACAUCCAAGUAUUGUCCCAACCACACCAGGUUUUUAAGAAAAUGCUGAAGAUAGCUAUAUUUUUGUAAAAGAAAACAAGCUUGAUUUUAGAUUACUUAGUCAUUAUGCCAAGCUCAGGUGAAUAAAUUAGGUCCUUCUAAUAUAUUUGUUCAUCAGAAAAAGACACCACAAAUUGCUCUUUAAAAUUAUCUAUAUUUUACCUUUUGUUGUCACUGAUAACAAUAUAGCUGUUGUAAUAAACUCUGGGUUUCAAGAUUAUUACAAUGACAAUAUAUUUAAUUGUGAGACUUCUGAGUUACAUCCUUCAACUGUAUAGGGGUAAUCAAAAAGAAAUUAAUUUAUAUUUUUUAUAUGGAUUCAAACAAACUUUUCACCAGAGUAUCCCAGCUUAAAUUUUUAAGAAAGUGUGUUGUCCUGUUUUCCAAUGGAGGAGGAAACAUGCUGUAUUUUGAAGUUUGAUUAUGACAGGAAGCAAAAUGUUGAAAUAAUUCUUAUGGCAAAGCACAGAAUACAGUGAUUGAUAAGGCAAUAUGAGUAUCAAGAUUCAUUAUUAAUAUGUUUAUUGUAAGGGAAAAGAAAGUGAAAUUGAAAAAAAUUCAUUAUUGUCAUAGAUUAUUUAUUGUCAUAGAUUUAGUUAGUUACAAGGACAUAAUAAGGGAACUAAGUAGGAGCUAUGAAAACCAAGUGAUUGCAUAAUAGGUCUUAUUCUAUUCAACAGUAAUAAGUGGAUUGUAGCAGUGUUAAUGGUAAUAAAUAUAAGCUGAAAACA